AUGAGCGAGAAAGAUCAAAUAUUUUGGGAUGCAUUAAUGUGCAAAAAUGAUUCGAUAAAAUUAAAACAUUCGAAAAAAUAUUUAAAAAGUAUCGAUGUCGAACAUUUUGCAAAUCAAUUUACUAUUGAGAAAAAAGAAGUUGAAAAGAUUUAUGGUUUAUUCUUGAACAUUGAUAAUGAUAAAAGUGGUGGAAUAACAGCAACUGAGAUUGCGCAAGCUCUUGGCUCAUUAGGUUGUGAUGUAUCACCGAAAGUCGUUCAAGCAGUGAUGCGAACAACUGAUAAGAAUGGUGACGGUGAAAUUAAUUUUGAAGAAUUUCUUGCAGUUGUCAUCUCAAAAUACAAGCUAAGAAAAAACAAAAAAUAUAUGGACGAAGUUAUAAAAAAAUUAGCGGAAAACGGCGAUAAACAGGUAACAGCCGAAAAUCUAAGAGAUGCUUGGUCAUUAGCGAUCGGUUUAAAGCUAACUUUACAUGAAGCCAACGCCAUCAUAGCUCGAGCCGAUGUAUUUAAUAAUGGCGUUGUAACGCAAGAGAAUUUUACAAAAAUGUGGAAAAACAUUUAA